CAAUUUAGUUGUUUCAUUCAUCGCUAUUGGGAAUGGAUGGAUAGUGAGUGGUCGAGAUUGGAUGCUAUAUUGUUUUUAUUUGCGUAGAAGUGUUUUAUCGGCGACAAUGUGUUUAGUUUUUAUUUUGUUUGUUAUUAUUUAGUGAUGGAACAUUAUUAGACAAAUGUGAUUUGUUUUUGAACCAACAAAAAAAUUGUGAUAGUGUUAACAAUGCCGGGUCUUAUUGGUAUAGGUGAAUUCAUUGAGGAAACUCGAGAGGAUUAUAGCUCACCAACUACGUCUACAUUUGUUUCUCGUAUGCCACAAUGUCGCCAGACCAUUACUGCAUUAGAGGAGACUUUGGAUUUGGACCGAGAUGGGCUGACCAAGUUAAAAAAAGCAAUAAAAGCGAUACACAACUCUGGAAAUGCCCACGUGGACAACGAGAUGUAUCUAUCCCGAGCAUUGGAGCGGUUAGGUGGAAACGCUCUCAGCAAAGAUUCAGAGCCAGAUAUCGGAGCAGCAUUUUUCAAGUUUGCUGUUGUCACAAAAGAAUUGUCAGCGCUUAUGAAGACACUGAUGCAGAAUAUAAACAACAUAGUGAUGUUUCCUGUAGACAGUCUAUUAAAAGGUGAUUUGAGAGGCGUCAAAGGAGAUUUAAAAAGGCCCUUUGACAAAGCAUCUAAAGACUACGACUCAAAGUACCUGAAGAUAGAGAAAGAGAAGAAAUCGCAAGCGAAAGAGGCAGGCCUCAUCAGAAGCGAAGUGACACCGGCCGAGAUAGCAGACGAAAUGGAGAAAGAACGACGGUUGUUCCAGUUGCAAAUGUGUGAGUAUCUGAUAAAGUUCAACGAAAUAAAAACUAAGAAGGGAAUCGAGUUGCUGCAGCACCUGGUGGAGUAUUAUCAUGCACAAACGAAUUAUUUUCAAGACGGCUUGAAGACGAUAGAGCACUUCGGCGUGUACGUGGCGGACUUGAGCGUGCAGUUGCAGAAGAUCAGGCAGCAGCAGGACGACGAGCGGCGGCGGUUGUUUGAGUUGAGGAAUAUGUUGCGAGCGGCCGCGCCCCAGGACAGGGAGGUAACAUCGUCGGUGGGAGGAUAUUCUCUUCAUCAGCUGCAAGGUGACAAGCAGCACGGUAUAUCUAGAAGCGGUUACUUGUUGAAGAAGUCUGAAGGGAAGGUGCGGCGGGUGUGGCAGAAGCGCCGGUGUCGAGUGACUGCUGAAGGAUUCCUUGACAUUUUCCACGCGGACGAGAACAAAACUCCUGCGAGGGUCAAUCUGCUCACCUGCCAGAUCAAAGUCGCCGCUGAAGACAAGAGAGCGUUUGAUCUAGUUUCAUACAACCGCACCUACCACUUUCAAGCCGAAGACGAAAACGAACAGAGAGCGUGGACGUCGGUGCUCGUCAACUGCAAGGAGGUAGCGCUGAUGAGGGCGUUCCACCAGCAGGCUGGCGAGGGCAACGACCCCGGACACUCCCUGCUGGACCUGCAGCGGUCCAUCAUACGAGCUGUUAGGACGAUGCCAGGCAACCAGGUGUGCUGUGACUGCGGCUCCACUAAUGACCCAACAUGGUUGUCGACGAAUUUCGGCAUCAUCGUAUGCAUAGAAUGUUCUGGAAGUCAUCGAGAGCUCGGCGUGCACAUAUCAAGGAUCCAGUCCUUGACCCUCGAUAGACUGAGCACGUCGCAGCUGCUGCUGGCGAGGAAUAUGGGCAACCAGACCUUCAACGAGGUCAUGGAGAAUACACUGGACGAGAGGGAUAAACUCACGCCUGAAAGUACUAUGGAGGAGCGCCUGCGGUUCAUCCGCGAGAAGUACGUGUACCGCGUGUGGGCGGCGCGCACGUGUCGCGACGCGGCCGAGCGCCUGUCCGAGGUGGAGCACGCCGUCAACAACGCGCAUCUGCAGAACCUGCUGCAGGCCUACGCCGAGGGCGCCGACCUCGCCGCCACGCUGCCCUGCUCGGAUUGCGGCGAAACAGCACUACACUUAGCCAUAUCGCGAGAGCUGGGCGACGGCUCCUGCUUGCACAUAGUAGAUUUUCUAGUCCAAAACGGUGGUCCGCAACUACUCGACAAGGCCACGAGUACCGGCAUGACGGCGCUGCACCUGUGCGCGGCCACGGACCGCACGGAGCCGAUGAAGUUGCUGCUGAAGGCGGGCGCCGACUCCACGCUCAAGGACGCCAACGGACGCACCGCCUUGCACAUCGCCAGGCAUCUGGGACACCUGGCCUGCCAGGAGUUGUUGGAGAGCGUAGAGAAAAGGGAUAAAAAUAUAUUCGAGAAUAUCAAUAUAGACUGGAACUUGUCGCAUGACGAUGGGUCGACGGAUUUUUCCGAUGAUGACACCGUUAUCGAUGAGAGGCAAAACGGCAGCAUAACCCCCGAGAAGAAGUGUCCACGGUCACGUCCGCCAUCAUACGCGGGCGGCGCGCACCCCGAGCGGACGAGCGGCGCGGGCGGCGCGGGCGGCGACUCGCCCGUGCUGCGCUCGCGCUCCUCCACCUGCGACUCGCUGCACCACGCGCCGCCCACGCCCACCACGCUGCCGCGCAAGCCUAACGUCUAUAACAUCGGCAGCCUGAAGAAGCGCGCGGCGCCGCUCCCGCCCGGCGUGUCGGGUGUGUCGGGCGCGCAGAGCGUGUCGCACGCGCCGCCGCCGCACCCGCGCUCCACGCCCUCGCCCUCCGCCGACAGCACGCGCUCGCUACACGUGGUGUCGAUCGGCCCCGGCGUGGUGAAGCACCGCCCGCAGCAGCCGCCGCCGACGCCGCCGCCGCCGGGCGGUGCGCAUGCGCACGCCGCCGCCACACCCAGCACGCCCGGCACGCCCUCGCUGCACAACGGCGCACACCACCGCGACGAACCCACGCCACCGCCCAGGAAGGAAUGUUCUAGUCAAGACUCGUCGCUGGAGCUGUGCUCGCUGUCGGCGUCGUGCGAGCAGCUGUGCGCGGAGGCGCGCGUGCACUCGGCGCUGUCGGCGCGCGACCGCGACCUGUCCGACGCCUCCAGUCUGCACUCGCGCUCGCCCUCCACCUCCAUUACCAUGAUGGGCGGUUUAAGGCGGUGUCGUGCGCUCUACGACUGUUCAGCGGAUAAUGAAGACGAGUUAUCAUUUCGCGAGGGCGAAGUCAUUGUCGUCAUCAACGAACGCACCGAAGACGACAACUGGAUGGAGGGACAAGUCGAGGGGACGAAUCGACGGGGCAUGUUUCCCGUCUCUUUCGUACACAUGCUGCCCGACUAAGACGAGAGAGAUAGCAAUAGUCGUGUCAUAACAGAAAUAUAGGUCAGUACCAAUGCGGUAAACUUGUGCAAGACGCAAGCUUACUAUUACGAAAGUAUUCAAGUAGAAGAAGUGUGGAAGUUAGUGUCAUGCUUGAUCUCUACAAAAUGUCUACUUAUAUCGGCAGGAGUAGAUAUUGAGUCGGUUAUUUAUAUUAUAAACAUACAUUAGUAUGUGGUUAUAGUUGUAAAAAUAUUGUCUAUCAAGUUUAAUAUUUCGAUAUUGAUACGCGAAUAGUCGGAUGUUGCGUGCGUAGCAUUUAUAUUGAAGUAUACAGUUUUUAAAACAAUAGAAAUCACAAAACUGAUUUAUGAAAAGGAUAUAAAUUGAAUUGUGAAUUUGUCAAUCCAUUUCAGAGGUUUUAAGUGAUUUAUAUUGAAUACUGUAUGCUAAAUUUAUUUGCGUUAUAGUUUUAACGCGUUUAUUUGUCGGCCAAGCCUUGUUUGUCAAACCAACAUGGGAUGGUUUUAUCACGCUGGGCUGUAUCAAUGAGUCUGAGUAUGAAUUCUGUGUUCAUUAUACAAAACACCAGUUUUUCUAAACGACUGUUUCAUUUCUAACUGGCCUAAGCUAUCGGCUUUCAUUUAAUAUUACGAGCUUAUUUAUAUUAGAAUUUUGUAGUCUUGUCAUAAACUAUUGUGCUAAAACUUUUACAACUAUGAUUUGAGUGCGAUUAUUAUAAUGGAAAUUGAACUAACAGAUAUCGUCUUCGAAAUUAUUGCGUACUGAUUUUGACAGUAUUGAUUUAUUAAAAACAUUAUUAUUUAAUAAUUGUUUUAAUAUGAUACAAAUACAGUGGAAGAAUGUUUAUUUGGAUUACAAUUAUUCAAUUUGCCAUCUAUUAAUGUUAUCGACUUUGAUUUAAUUACUGCUCAUAUAAUGAAUGUUAUAUAAAUUUAACAUUAAUUAAAUAUUAUUGUUAUUUAAUUAAUGAUAAAUAUUUUGAACUAGUUUCGAGGGCUGCGAGACCAAACAUUGCGUCGCAAACGAAUCGAAAUCUUUUAAAUAAUGUUACAUCAUUUUUAUUGUUUUUAUACACAAUUUUAAUACUCAAACAUUUUAACCAUUCCACUUUUAGAUACGUCAUACAUUUGAUAAUAGACAUGUUGAUCAUAAUAAGGUUUCAAUAAUUGAUUGGAUACCGUGUGUUGAACAAAUUCACAGCUUUAGUGUACACUACGAAUUUAUGACACCAAUAAUGUAAGAAUUAUUGCCAGUAGAUAGUCCGUCCCGAUGCGGAUUUUUACUUGAAUUUGUAAACUUUAUUGUAUUACGUAAUUUCAUUUGUUUAUCUAUUCUGUAAUAUGUAGAUUGUGUGUAAAGGUAUUGGAAUUUGUGUAAAAUAUAAACUUGUUAAUUAUAGUGCAUUAAACAUCGCUCAAUAGGUUUCUUCAGCAUUGUUCAGGGAAUAAUAUGCAACUUUGAAAAUUACUUGACCACAAUUGUUGUGGAACUGUUUAUUGGAAUUUUUCUUAUAUAGAGUAGUGCUUUAGGCCAAUAGUGUAUAUAAAACCGCGUUGAACGAUUAAAUAACACGACCCGUAAUAUGCUUGAACUAAUGAGAAGUACAACUACAUAAGUGUAGUAGCAUACAUAUAGUAUCUAUUCACCCCACUUUCACCGCUCAAGGGUCAAAUGUUUAAUCGUUUGCACGGUUAUGAUAUAGAAUUAUGUACAGCUCAGAUGAUAGUGAUUUGCCAAAAAUUAUAUGUGAUCUGUAGAUGAGAGUAUAGAUAUGUAUUGUAUAUUGUGAGCGACAAACUCGUAUCGGACCAGUGACUGUUUGUUGUCUAGUUUGUUCUUGUAGUUGAUAUUGACGUGUCUUAGAUUGUUGGUGCAUGCUGUCUGUAGAGAUCGUAAACGAGCGAGACUUUACGGCUGGAACUGUCGUGAGGUCGUGUCGAAACUCUAACCCCCUUAUUCAUAGACGUUAUUUAUCUAAGGACGGAGCAUUGCUGUGAUAAGAAGUCUGCUUCUCAGUGCUGACGGCAGGCAGCCUUCGCAGUGCGUAGACAUAGGGCCGUUGUGAUUGGCUAAUAUUGAGAUACAACUUUAAUCUAGUUGGCUGUCAAAUAAACAAAGCUGAACAAACAGCAAACUGUCAGAUAAACAAAGCUGAGAAACAGACUUGUUAUCACAGCAAUGCUCCGUCUUUAGCUCAAUAACGUUUAUGAAUAAAGAGGUAAGUUUUUACGUUCAUGUCCCUGCGUUAAUAUUUCAAUACGGACCAAAGAUAUGCAGUGUGGACAUUGCCUGCAGUCUCUCUCGUUUAACAUUAAAAAUUGUUGUUAAGUAUUAAAUUUUAACAAUUUCCACACAUUCUUAAUAGAACGAAACUAAGCUGUUUAGUGAACGUACGAAUUUUCACGCGAACGAACAAUAAAUUGUUACAAACUUUUCCUUAUGACUGUAGUGUUAUAUAAAUAACUAUACGCUAAUUAAUCGAUAAUCACACAUUCCUUUGUAAGUGUUUUUCUAUAUAUUAAGUUCUCUAGUGAUCCUUGUAUACAUAGUGUAAUGUUUAGUGUACUGGUUGAUAUCCUUUUGUAAUAGUUACCUGAUUAACCACGCGCGUUGCCAUACAUUGUGUAAUGAAGUCAAACGUAUAAUAUGCUACUUUUUACUAUUCCUGAUAAGUUCUUUCACUGAUACACUUUCGUAGAACUAUCGUUACAAUUUUAUACCUUUCUAUUAUAGUAAAAUCUGUUUUAUAUAGAAAAGUAAGGCAAACAUUUGAAAUCACGCAGUUGUCCAAAUCACUAGGAAAUAGAAUCACAAUUCUACUCUUAAGGUUGAUUGUCGUUAAUCAAAGUUCGUGGAUUUUUAUCACAAUUUUUGUCUGUCUUCUUUUUUUCAGAAAUAGGGCAGUAAAAAUUUAAUCCCUUAUGUUUACAUCUGCGUUUAAGUAAACUUAAUGUUACCUAUCUUUUUAAAGUACUUGUUAAAUGGAUGAUAGAAUAUAUACCAGAUUAGAUUAACAUAAUAUGCAAAAGUGAUAUAUGAACUACUUAACAGUGGCCCGUUCCACUCGUGACUGCAAAUAUUGACCUUGCACAACAAGGUCUGUCAUCCCUUUGCAAUUAACCCUAGUUUUUUUUUAUUCAAAUAAAAUUUCGAAACACCAGUAUGAAUGUGAUCAUUUCUAACAUGUUGCCAUGAUUUUUUCCAUGUAGUAUUGCGACACUGCAUUGUAAAUAAAUAUUUUACCUAAUAGUAUUAAAGCGUCUAUACGAGUAGGAAGUCUAUAAUUUAUAUAAUUUGGAGAUAUUAUUUAGUGAAGUAUCAAGAGCCUAUACUUUUCGAUCUUAUGUGUAAAUUAAUAAUAUAUUUAUUUAAUAUAUUGCGAAAUCUAAUUGUGAUGAAAUAUUUUAAUGCCAUUUUAGCCUAUCAGUAUGUUACUUAUAGAGAAGUUAUGUAACCAAAUGAUGCUAAUAGCGUGCGAGAUAUUUUAUUCAUUAUGUUUGUAGUUGAUAUGGUUUUUCUAUUAUGUAUUAUGUGAAAGACAAUCUAUAUGAAUUUGUCAAUACAUCACUUUGAUGUCUA